CGCUCCUUAGUUCAACCGCCUGAAGCAGCGACGGCGGGGGCGGCGACGAGAUGGCCCCGCCGGAGCUGUACCACAAAGAGUUUGCCCGGGCGGGCCAGAAGGCCGGGCUGCAGAUCUGGCGGGUAGAGAAGCUGGAGCUGGUGCCGGUGCCCGAACCUUUGUACGGCGACUUCUUCGUGGGCGACGCCUACCUGGUGCUGCACACCUUCAAGAAGAGCAACGCCAUCUUCUACAAUCUGCACUAUUGGCUAGGUAAAGAAUGUACUCAGGAUGAAAGCACUGCGGCAGCAAUCUUUACAGUUCAGCUGGAUGAUUAUCUUGGAGGGAAACCUGUGCAGCACCGAGAAAUCCAAGGCUUUGAGUCUACACAAUUCAUUGGAUACUUCAAAGGAGGCAUUAAGUAUAAGGCAGGUGGCAUCGCUUCUGGUUUUAAGCAUGUAAUUACAAAUGAUUUAAGUGCUCGGAGACUCCUACAUAUCAAGGGUCGGAGAGUGGUUAGAGCCACAGAAGUUCCUCUUAGCUGGGAGAGUUUCAACAAAGGAGACUGCUUCAUUGUAGAUCUUGGAACACAUAUCUACCAAUGGUGUGGCUCUACCUGCAAUAAAUAUGAGCGCUUGAAAGCUACUCAGGUUGCUGUGGGCAUUCGAGACAAUGAACGGAAUGGGAGAGCACAUUUGAUUGUCGUGGAUGAAGGAAGUGAACCAAUGGAGCUCCUUAAGGUUUUAGGACCCAGGCAAAGUCUUCAGGAAGGCAGUGACAAUGAUGAUGAGGCUGCUGAUAUUACUAACAGGAGAAAUGCUAAACUCUACAUGGUAUCCGAUGCAAGUGGAUCUAUGAAGAUUACAGUUGUCGCAGAAGAAAAUCCCUUCUCAAGAGCAAUGCUUUUGUCCGAAGAAUGUUUUAUACUGGAUUACGGUGUAGCUAGACAGAUAUUUGUAUGGAAAGGUAAAAAUGCUAAUCCAGAUGAGAGGAGAGCUGCAUUAAAAUCAGCUGAGGAAUUCAUUCAGCAAAUGAAUUAUCCUUCCAGCACACAGAUUCAGGUUCUCCCAGAAGGUGGUGAGACACCAAUCUUCAAGCAGUUCUUUAAAGACUGGAAAGACAAAGAUCAAAGCAAUGGUUUUGGAAAAGUGUAUGUCACAGAGAGAGUGGCACGGAUUGAGCCAAUUGAAUUUGAUGCUAGCAAGCUACAUGAAUCUCCGCAGAUGGCAGCCCAGCACAACAUGAUAGAUGAUGGCUCUGGGAAAGUGGAGAUUUGGCGAGUUGAAAGUAAUGGCAGAAUCCCUGUAGAACCUGGUAGCUAUGGGCAGUUUUACGGUGGUGAUUGCUACAUCAUAUUGUACACCUACCCUAAGGGCCAGAUUAUCUACACAUGGCAAGGAGCUCAUGCAACUAAAGAUGAACUGACUCAUUCAGCAUUCUUGACUGUCCAACUUGAUCGAUCACUUGACGGACACGCUGUCCAGGUUAGAGUGAGCCAAGGCAAGGAACCUCCACAUUUGUUGAGUCUGUUCAAAGAUAAGCCACUCAUUGUUUACAAGGAUGGGACUUCCAAGAAAACUGGCCAGGUGCCCCCUCCUGCAACCCGCUUGUUCCAAAUUCGCAGAAACCUUGGAGCCAUCACCAGGAUUGUAGAGGUUGAUGUUGAUGCAACUUCAUUGAAUUCCAAUGAUGUUUUUGUUUUGAAACUGCCAACUAAGUCUGGGUAUACCUGGAUUGGUAAAGGAGCAAGCGAAGAAGAAGAGAAAGGAGCUAAGUAUGCAGCUGGUGUCCUAAGAUGUCAAACUUCAAGGAUUGAAGAAGGCCAUGAACCACAGGAAUUUUGGACUGCACUUGGCGGAAAAAAACAAUACCAGUCAUCUCCCCAAUUGCGGACUGAGUCAGAAGACCAUCCGCCUCGUCUGUAUGGUUGUUCUAAUAAGACUGGCAGGUUUAUAAUUGAGGAAGUGCCUGGAGAAUUCACUCAGGAUGAUUUGGCUGAGGAUGAUGUCAUGUUGUUAGAUACUUGGGAUCAGGUAUUUGUCUGGAUUGGCAAAGAUGCUAACGAAACUGAACGUGCUGAAUCAGUUAAAUCCGCCAAAAGCUACAUUGAGACUGAUCCUUCUGGAAGAGAUAAAGGGACUCCGGUUGUUAUUGUAAAACAAGGUUAUGAACCUCCAACAUUCACAGGCUGGUUUUUGGGCUGGGAUUACAACAAAUGGAAAAACUAACAGCCACAGAAGACUGAACCAUGGAAUAAAUACCAGAGCAGAAUAUUCUCUAACAGGUUUAAGUAUGUGCUUGCAAAGGGGUGUAUAAACAGCUAUUAUUGAGGCCUGUGCCUUAAUCUUGAAUGAAAAUUUAUGAAAUAACACACAUGUACACAUUCUAGAAGAACAGAUAUUUGUUCCCAGUGGAAUUAGAAAAUGCCCUUUCAUAAAUGCAUCAUUCAGGAAUAAAAAAAUCCAACACAUCUGGGCAAUGUUUAUGGCUACCCUUGUCAACUCCAUUGCUUAAACACCAUAGCUCCAGUCUGAAGAGAUUAUGGGAUUUCCACAGCAUUGCCUUCUUUUCUGCCUAUAGCUUGACUUAUUAUGUGCCGCUCUGUUAUUACCCCAGUAUGACUGAGCACUAGCUCAGUAAUUGAUAGCUUUCUGAUUGAGUAUUUAGGGAAGACUGGUCUGGUUGUCCAAACUUUUCUCCUGACUCAUUAUGUUGGUGCAGUCAUUUUAGCUUUGCUUUUGCUUUAGUCAUAUAACAUCUAUAUUUUUCAUCUAUUUUUAUGGACAAUAAUCACAACUUAUCUCUUCAAACCUGACAUUUAAGGCCCCAGCGAAUUGUAUAGCCCAGGGAAGUUCCCAAUUUUUUAAAGAAGUAACUGUGCAAUGCCUGAGUUUAUCUGUCCAUGCUUAAGAAAGGAAAUGAAAGUAUAGUGGUUUAAAUACUCCUCUAACCUAUGCAUCUUACAAAGCUCUGUAAAAAGAAAACUGUUCACUAUUGUUCAGAAUGAAGAGUUGCCCAAAAUGAUAUUAUUCUUUCCUUUGACAAAAAUUGAUAAAAACAUUCUAGAAAAA